GGACACUCGCUUUUGCCGCCUGGUCGGUCGGUCGGUCGUCUUUUGCUUUGCCCGUUUGCGGAUUUUCAUAGUUCAGUGCGCUUUCCAGUCGACAACGACAACGGCAACGGCAACGCGAACGGACUACGACGACAGCUGACGACAGCAGCGGCAGAAACAUCAGAAACGACAGAGCGCCAGCAUCUAAAUAUAAUCAUCUUUAUUUGUGAUUUAUUUAAUCAACAUCUCACCCAGAGGCCAACCAGAUAGAUUGCCCACUGCGGGGGCGGUGCGACAACGAGAUGGAUGGAUGGUGGUGAAAAAUCAAAAAGAAAAACGAGCGCAGAAAAUUGCACUUGAAAGUGAAAGAAAUUGCACUGGAAGUGCAGCAAAGUGUGUGCUUAUCGCUUAUCGGCGAUUGUACCAGUCAGCCUGUUGAUAUUUCAAGUUCAAAAAUGCAAAAGCGUCAAAGUGCCAAAGUGUGCUGGUGAAUGGAAACCUAUUGGGAAAAUUGCGGAAAUCGCACUUGAACUAUACGUAAAGCAAAAGACAAGUGGCUUUUGGCGUUGAUUACGUUCAAUUUACUACAAUCGUGCAGAGCAGUAAGAAACGGAAAUUAGGGCUUGAUAGCCUUUAAACAUUAAGAAAAUAAUAUACGGAAAUCACUACGGCCAAUUGAAGUAAUCUGAGAUACUUACUACAGAUAUUUCAGUUCAACCAAGUAUCUGAAUAAUUCUUGCGGCGGCCAAAGAAAGCUAGAAUCGGUAAUCGCUUAAAUUGCCCAUCGGAGUGCUUGCAAAAGCAAAAGAACAUGAUCAGAAAGCAUUUAAGUCUACUUCCGCAUCGGAUGUAGCAUUUAUCAGUGGUCAAAACUUUCCCGAAAAUCCAACUGCAAACUGGAAGUGAAAUAAUCAAUGUAAAACAUUAAAACAUGCCGAAACAGAAAAAUGAAUUGAUGUUGUAAUCAAUCGCUUAAAACAACAAUCUUAUACAAACCGAUGUUGCUGCUAUCGCUUAUCGCUAUUUGGAGAAAUCAGUUGGGCCAACAACGUGUGUGUGUGUUUUGGCCAGGCAUAUUUAAGCCACAACAAAUUGUUGUUAUGCGUGUUGCUGUCGUUGCUGUUGCUGUUGCUGUUGCUGCUGCUGCCAUUAUGCAACAUUAUGCCGCAGUUUGAUGAAUCUUUUUUGAGCGACUGUGCGCUGGCCGACCGCUGGCAUUUCUAUUCGUACACGGUCAAGCAAUUGCCACCGCAUCCGAGUCCGAGUCCGAAACCGAAUCGGAAUCCGUAUCCCAGCAGUGCCAGCCACGAUGAUGAUAAUCAGCACCGACUCCAUCAUCAUCAUAAUCAUCACCAUCACAAUCACCAUCGUCUUUGGAAGACUCAGCGGCAGUCGUGGUCGCCGCGCGACUCCAACAACAAUCAUAGCCCAAGCAGCAAUGGCAAUGGCAACUGCAGCAGCAGCAACUGCAACUGCAGCAGCAGCAGCAGCACCUGCAACAGCAUCAGUGCCACCGGCAACACGUUGCAUAGCAUCAAAUUCCACAGACGUCGCAAAUACAAAAAGCUGGCACGAUUGGCGCUAUCAACGCCAGCGAUUCCCCUGCAGAUGGAUGUGGAUGUGACCGUGGAUAGGGAGUUCGAUAUGGAGAUGGACACACCUGUGCCGCUCAAGAAUGCGGUGUGCCACGGCAGCAUCAGUUCUCCAUCCACGCCCGGCGCCUGUUCCAGUGGCAUCGGAGUGGGCGGUGGCGGCUGCAGCAGCAGCAGCAACAACAGCAUCAACAGCGGCAGCUACUCCACCGCCUGCACUCCGCCACCACCCACGCACCAUCACACGCAGCACCAGCAGCUGCAGGGCACGCCCGCAGGAUCUAGUCGGGUGGGAGGAGCAGGGGGAGCAGGUGGAGCAGGUGGUGGCAGUGGAGUGCCACCGGCACCACCCAGUGCCGGAUCCUCGGGCCACAAGAACAGUCUGAAGGGCACCAAGCUAGCACGCCGAGCGCGCUCCUUUAAGGACGACCUCAUCGAGAAGAUUUCCCUGAUGCGCACCACCAACAACACACUGGGUCGCUCCCAUUCGCCGCACAGUCCGCGGACCAAGCACGGCUCAAAGGCAGCGCCCACCACCGAGGAGGUGCAGCGUUCCACCCAAACUCUGGAGACGCACGUCAAGGACAUCUCGAACGCGCUCAAGCACUUCCGGGAUGUCAUACUCAAGAAGAAGCUGGAGGUGUUGCCCGGAAACGGAACGGUCAUUCUGGAAACCAUAGCCAGCAUGUAUUCCGUGAUCCAAACGUACACCCUGAAUGAAAACAGUGCCAUCAUGAGCUGCGCCACACAGCAGGUUUACCAGAGCCUGGGCAAGCUCAUCAAGCUCUGCGACGAGGUGAUGCUCUCCGAGGACAGCGGCGAGUGCGCCUCCCUGAGCAACGAGAAUGUGCGGGAAGUCAUUGAUCUGCUGGAGGAUGCUGUGCGGAAUCUCGUUACGCUGGCGCAGGGCAAACUGAAGGAGCAGGAUCAGUGCGCCUUUCGCUACGGUGGAUCUGGUUUGGGCGGCAUUGGAGCGGCGGCGGAGAUCAUGGGUGCGGUCACCGCCUCGCCGGGAGUGAGUGUUCCCGGCACUGGCAUCAUGCGCGUUUCAGCCGCCGAAUCAGCUGCCCAGCGAACUUCGUUGCCGGACAUUGCACUCACGCCCAAGGAGCGCGACAUACUGGAGCAGCACAAUGUGAACCCCAUGCGCGGCUCCCAUAGCACCGAGAGCAUCCUGCGCGACACGAGUCCACCGCCAAAGCCACCGCUACCCAACAGGGCCAGUAAUCCGCCACCGUUGCCGCCCAAGAGACGCAGCCAGCCGGGCGCACCUGCUGGUGCUGUGGGGGCCAAUCAGGCCAGUCCGCUGCCCUACGCCCAGUCCCAUAAUAUCAGCCUGAACUCGGACCUGGACUGCAGUUCCAACAUCUCGCUGCUGAACUAUGGCGUGGAUCGCCUAUCUGUGCGGUCGCGGUCACCGGAUGAGAAUAGUCAGUGCUCCUUUGACUCGGCGUUGAAUCACUCACGCGAGGAGGAGGACCACCAACAGCAACGCCAGCAGCAGCUGAGCUCGUUUUCGAAGAUGCCAACGAUGAUGGACGAGGACAUGGACAAGAUGGUCAGCUACAAAUCCACCGGUUACGCAGGCGCCGCAAUCGAGGACAAAAUGCAGACACCACCUGCGACUGGUGGUGUUGGUGGUGGUGUUGUUGGUGGAACUGGAGGAGCAGCCGAAGGCGCAGCUGCUGCAGCGACUGGUGGCGGGGAAACUAACAGCAAUCGCCACUCAAACGAAUCGGGUUUCGUGUCGAUGCGCGAGUUUCGCACUUCCACACAGACGACAGACUACAGCAUCCAGUCCUCCACGAAGUCGUCCAGCAGCAAUUCGGAGAUUGCGUUUAGCAUCAGUGAGUCGACGGCGGUCGGCAGCAGCAGCGAGUACCAGCAGAUUAGCCAGUCAGUGUCGCACAGCCAGCGUCAUAUAUCUUCGAGCAGUAGUAGCUGCACCACCACAACCACCAGCAGCAGCACCACCACCGGCUACGGCAGCAGCAGCAGCGAACUGGAGCAGCAGCAGCAACAGCAGCAGACGACGACGCCGGCCGACCUGGCGCCCGCCCUGCCGCCAAAGAGCACCCAACGGAGCAGCCUAACCCGCCACGAGUCGCCCGUUGUUGGCGAUGAGCUGGACGAGGCGCAGUCCUCCUCCGGCUGGGCCAGCCACCGGAGCAGCCAGUCAGAGGUGGCCGAGCUGCGCCAACUGUCGCCGCUCCAUCACCUCAAUCACCAUCCGCACACCGCGUCCGCCGGGCAGCUGCAGCAGUGGCACUCCAAGCACCACAGCCUGAUCGAAGGGCCCCGCCUCCAGCUGGCGGGGAGUGGCAGCUGCAGUGCGUUCGAUCAGCGCCACUUGGACCAGGAGCCACCGCCGCUGCCCAUGAAGAAAAAGCACAGCCAGGCCGAGCGCACAUACCCGCAUUAUCGCAAACCCCUUAGAAAUGCUGGCGACAAGAAAGUUUGCCAAAUUGUUGUACGCAAGAGUCUAACCCAUCUAAAUUAUCGUUCCAACCAACAUCUAGUGUUUCAAAGUGUGGCCUUUUCGGUUCUGGCGUACAUGGAAAUCUGCUCGGCGUCCACGCGAUCCAUUGAGCAGCACCGUCACACGAUGCACGCCUGCAACAUAAGUCGCAACAUCUCGCACAGCCAGACCAUGAACAUCAUGCCCAUGAGCAAGGAGCUGUCGCCGGAGCUCGAGAUACCGCCUGCCCUGCCGCCAAAGAACUACAAGCAGCGCAAGGCGACAAGCAUGGUGGCAUCACCCACGCUGCAGCCCAUCAUUGUGACCACGCCGCCGCCGAGUCCAAAGCCGGCACUGGGCGAGAAUGGGUCGACGGGCAGGCCGGACAGUCGAAUGGCCACCGUAUGCGAGGAGCUGAACGAUGCCGUGGGCAGCGAGGACGCGAUGCCGGAGCCCCGCUCGCCCGUGCUGGACAGCAAUGAGAAUGUGAGCGCGGUCGAUGAUGUACGGACGUUCUACUUUCACUCGCAUCAGCUGCCCGGCGAGACGAAGAUGAGCGAGGACGCGAGCAAUGCCGACCAGCCGAUAACCACGUCGCAAGUGCUUGAGGAGCAGGAGGAGCCAACGGCGGAGUCCCGACCACUGGUCGCUGUGCACGAGGCGGGUAAGCCAGAGAACGCCGACGAUGAAGCGGAGGCGGAGGCGGAGCGAGCGGAUAUGCUGAUCAACAUGCUGGAAGAGGUCAACAUCACACGGUACCUGAUACUCAAGAAGAGAGAGGAGGACGGGCCCGAGGUGAAAGGCGGCUACAUCGACGCCCUCAUCGUGCACGCCAGCCGUGUCCAGAAGGUCGCCGAUAAUGGUAGGCAUUCGCAGCGCAAGCAGAAGCAGCACAAACAUACCAAAUCUCAUUCGCAUGGUCAUUUACCCAACUCCUCUGUUGUCUCUGUCAAUUUCCAUUCCGUUCGUGCAGCAUUCUGCGAGGCCUUCAUCACCACCUUUCGCACCUUCAUCCAGCCGAUCGACGUGAUCGAGAAGCUGACCCAUCGCUACACAUACUUCUUCUGUCAAGUGCAGGACAACAAGCAGAAGGCCGCCAAGGAGACCUUUGCGCUGCUGGUCCGAGUUGUCAACGAUCUAACGUCGACGGAUCUUACCAGCCAACUGUUGAGCCUGCUGGUGGAGUUCGUCUAUCAGUUGGUUUGCUCUGGUCAAUUGUACCUGGCCAAGUUGCUGCGCAACAAGUUCGUGGAAAAGGUGACGCUGUACAAGGAGCCCAAGGUGUAUGGCUUUGUCGGUGAGUUGGGCGGAGCCGGUGGUGGCCCCGGAACGGGAAUCGCCGGCAGUGGUGGUUGCAGUGCAGGUGGUGGAGGAAACCAGCCUAGCUUGCUGGACCUCAAGUCGCUGGAGAUUGCCGAACAGAUGACGCUGCUGGAUGCGGAGCUGUUCACGAAGAUCGAGAUACCCGAAGUAUUACUAUUUGCCAAAGAUCAGUGCGAGGAGAAGUCGCCCAACCUUAACAAAUUCACCGAGCACUUCAACAAGAUGUCCUACUGGGCGCGCUCCAAAAUCCUGCGACUGCAGGAUGCCAAGGAGCGGGAGAAGCAUGUGAACAAGUUCAUCAAAAUCAUGAAGCAUCUACGCAAGAUGAACAACUACAACUCGUAUCUGGCGCUGUUGUCGGCCCUCGAUUCGGGUCCCAUACGAAGAUUGGAGUGGCAAAAAGGCAUCACCGAGGAGGUGGGAUCCUUCUGCGCCCUCAUCGAUUCCAGCUCCAGUUUUCGCGCCUAUCGACAGGCGCUGGCCGAAACUAAUCCGCCCUGCAUACCCUACAUCGGCCUAAUUCUGCAGGAUCUAACGUUUGUGCAUGUGGGCAACCAGGACUACCUGUCCAAGGGCGUCAUUAACUUCUCUAAGCGCUGGCAGCAGUACAACAUAAUUGACAACAUGAAACGUUUUAAGAAAUGUGCCUAUCCAUUUCGACGCAACGAGCGCAUUAUACGCUUCUUUGAUAACUUCAAGGACUUUAUGGGCGAGGAGGAGAUGUGGCAGAUAUCCGAGAAGAUAAAGCCGCGUGGUCGCCGCCCCGUUAACUAUUAGUCUUCAAGCAGCAACAGCAAAACACCAAUAUUAUAUAUUAUGAAAUAUAUACACCAUAUUAAUAAAACAGUGCAAACGGUUGCCACGUCUGGGAGGAGCAUCGUCAGGAGCAGCCGACAACUAUUCUAAUGGGUCUGAGCAAUAAUGUUCGCUAUUCUCUGUCUAUAUAUACAAUUAUACAAGAUAUCUAGCUAUAAUUACCAGCCGAUGCCGGAUCGGAAAUACAUAUACUUAUUUAAGAUGUAGCGAUUCAGAUACGGAUACACGUAGCCGCGUACAAAUAACGAGCCGAUCUGUAGUUUAACUAUUAAGCUCUAUGACGGUUGGGCAAUGAACCAACCUCAGCUAACUCCCCACCAAUAUUCGAAUCCCUGUCUACGAGUCCCCAACUUUUUCCUGGACUUUUGCCAGCACUAGAACACCAAACUUACUUACCACCAUGAGACAACCGAGAAAUCGAGAAAUCAAGAAAUCAGCAAUGUUCGCUUUUGUUUUGAGAUCUCUUUUUACACAAGAACACAACGAAUUUUGAAAACAAGCUACGUGAACGUAGAGGCCAACCGACAACCUAUAUUCGACGAUAUAUGUAGCGAUAUCUCGGACUAUAAAUCGAUGCAAUCCACGAGCAGAACACCAAGCCACCCCUAGCACAAAGCGCGUUAUAUAUGCAAUUCUCUAAUACCAAUCCAAUACAACCAAUAUUAAAUACCCGUGUGCGUUAGAAGUUAUUGAAAUUGAACUCCAAAUCAAAAUCAGAUUUCAGAGUGCACGAAACUGAAAAAAGAAGGCGGUAUCGAUCAAAUCAAUCAAAAAUUCAUUUUGCAACUCAAUUAAUUGAAGAAACUUUUAAAGUUACAAAAAAAAAAGAGGAGAGGAACAUGUGGGAGAUUAACUAAAUUCAAUUUGCUUUUAAAUGUACGACUAACAUUAAAAAUAUUUAUGGGCAUGUAAUAAUAGUUCUAAAUAAAGCUUUGACUUCUCCUUUCAAUUCUGUGAGGAAUAAAUUUAUUGAUAUUGCGUGUAAAAAUAUUAAUCAUGAGAAGAAAUCUGAAGCAGAGUUAAAACUGAAUGAAAUCGACCUCAAGUUGUUUUUACUGAGCAAUACUCUGUCUCGUCUGAGAAAUAUUGUCUUCUUAUUUAGAAAUGGGAAACAGAAAAAAAGGCUGCUUACUUGAAGAAUUUAAUUCCCGAUCACCAUAGCCAUUUUAAAGAAUACUUAAUUUUUCAUUUGUGUUGAGUGAAUUCGGUCUUCUUUUUGCUGCUGCUUCCGCUGCCGCUGGCGCAUAAAUUAUGUUUACUAAGCUAACGAACCUAAGGACAACAAUUUAUUCUUUUUUUUUCACCUAUUUUUAAAUAAAAUAUUUUGUAUAUGUAGAGAAAAUUUUCAAUUGUAAAUGUAUUUGUAUUUAAAUGUUAUGUGUGUAUUCAUAAGAAGAAUG